CUCCCGUGAAGCCCCGCGCGCGGACGGACCGGAACUCUAAGCGGGUGGCUUGUUGAUAACAUGGCGGCAGCAGCUGCCGGGGCAUCCCGAGGAGGCGGCAGCGCCCACACCCGGAAGGAGGGGCUGUUUUCGGACUAGUGCAGCGGCUCCUGCGGACCCGGAAGUCCCAGCCAGCUGCUGAAUGAGGGGAGCCGGGCCCUCCCCGCGACACUCCCCCCGCACCCUCCGCCCCGACCCGGGCCCCGCCAUGUCCUUCUUCCGGCGGAAAGUGAAAGGUAAAGAGCAAGAGAAGACCUUAGAAGUCAAAUCCAUUAAAGCUUCAAUACAUUCCCCACAAAAAAGCACUAAAAACCAUGCCUUGCUGGAAGCUGCAGGACCAAGUCAUGUUGCAAUCAAUGCCAUUUCUGCCAACAUGGACUCCUUUUCAAGUAGCAGGACAGCAACGCUUAAGAAACAGCCAAGUCACAUGGAGGCUGCUCAUUUUGGAGACCUAGGCAGAUCCUGUCUGGACUAUCAGACUCAAGAGACCAAAUCCAGUCUUUCAAAAACCCUUGAACAAGUCUUGCGUGACACUGUUGUCCUUCCAUAUUUCCUUCAGUUUAUGGAACUUCGGAGAAUGGAGCACCUGGUGAAAUUUUGGUUAGAAGCUGAAAGUUUUCACUCUACAACUUGGUCCCGAAUAAGAGCACACAGUCUAAACACAGUGAAACAGAGUUCACUGGCUGAGCCUGUCUCUCCAUCUAAAAAACAUGAAACUACUGCAUCUUUUGUUACUGAAUCUCUUGACAGGAGGUUGGGAGAUUCUAGCUCAGCCCCAGUGCUUGUGACUCAAUCGGAAGGAACUGACCUGUGUAGUAGAACUCAGAACACUCAGAAUCACUUGCUGCUUUCCCAGGAAUGCCACAGUGCCCAUUCUUUCCAAGUGGCCAGAACAGGAACUCAUCAGAUUUCUACAGACUCCCAAGAAUCCUCUUCCAGACUUGCCGUAGCCAGUAGAAAUAGUUGCUCUUCUCCACUGAGAGAACUAUCAGAAAAACUAAUGAAAAGUAUAGAACAAGAUGCAGUGAAUACUUUUACCAAAUAUAUAUCUCCAGAUGCUGCUAAACCAAUACCAAUUACAGAAGCCAUGAGAAACGACAUCAUAGCAAAGAUUUGUGGAGAAGAUGGACAGGUGGAUCCCAACUGUUUCGUUCUGGCACAGGCUGUAGUCUUUAGUGCAAUGGAGCAAGAGCACUUUAGUGAGUUUCUGCGAAGUCACCAUUUCUGUAAAUACCAGAUUGAAGUGCUGACCAGUGGGACUGUUUACCUGGCUGAUAUUCUCUUCUGUGAGUCAGCCCUCUUUUAUUUUUCUGAGUACAUGGAAAAAGAAGAUGCAGUGAAUAUCUUACAAUUCUGGUUAGCAGCGGAUAAUUUCCAGUCUCAGCUUGCUGCCAAAAAGGGCCAGUAUGAUGGACAGGAGGCACAGAAUGAUGCCAUGAUUUUAUAUGACAAGUACUUUUCCCUCCAAGCUACACACCCUCUAGGAUUUGAUGAUGUUGUGAGAUUAGAAAUUGAAUCUAAUAUCUGCAGGGAAGGUGGACCACUUCCUAACUGUUUUACAACUCCAUUACGUCAGGCUUGGACAACCAUGGAGAAGGUCUUUUUGCCUGGUUUUCUGUCCAGCAAUCUUUAUUACAAAUAUUUGAAUGAUCUUAUCCAUUCAGUUCGAGGAGAUGAAUUUCUUGGAGGGAAUGUUGCACUGGCUGCUCACGGUUCUGUCUGCCUUCCUGAGGAGUCUCACUCAAGUGGUUCUGAUGGCUCCACUGCUCAGUCUAGUGUGAAAAAAACCAGUAUUAAAAUUCUGAAAAAUUUUGAUGAAGCAAUAAUUGUGGAUGCUGCAAGUCUGGACCCAGAGUCCUUAUAUCAACGAACAUAUGCAGGGAAGAUGUCCUUUGGGAGAGUUAGUGACUUGGGGCAGUUCAUCCGAGAGUCUGAGCCUGAACCUGAUGUGAAGAAAUCAAAAGGAUUCAUGUUCUCACAAGCUAUGAAGAAGUGGGUUCAAGGAAAUACUGAUGAGGCCCAAGAAGAGCUAGCUUGGAAGAUUGCAAAAAUGAUAGUGAGUGAUGUUAUGCAGCAGGCACACCAUGAUCAACCACUAGAGAAGUCUACAAAGCUAUGACUCAAAACCAGAGAUAAGGAAAUCUGAUUUUGAAAAAAAUAAGAACUUUCCCCUUUGGUUGGAUUCCUCAACACAGCCGAUGAAAAUGGAGCACUGCAUUUCUUUUCACUGCUAGAUCACUGUUGUUUCCCGGAGAGAGUGGGAGACAGUCCGAGAGCGGUUGUUCAAUGUAGACAUAGAUGACACACAUGAUGGUAACACAGUGAGUCCCGGGAUACAAAGUGGUGUUAGCGACAUUACUAGACCGUUAGUUUUCCAAUGGCCACACUCACUGGGAUAGACAGGGGCCACAUGCUUGCAGCAGAUUCCUUCCCUAGCUGUCAGAAAGCAUGACAGAGGUGCUUCGUUCUUGUCUCCUAGAGGUCACAGGUGAGUUGGUCCUGCCUGGAGCGAGUAGCUCCAAGUGGCCAUGUGGGCCAGCAGCCUGUGGAGCAGAGGACAAUUCCUGUAUAGUCUUCCUUCAUAGAAGCAUUAAUUUAGAAAGCUGGCAAGUCGUGGGUCAAGCCUCAGUGAUGCAUCCUUCUCUUCGCUGACAGAAUACACUGUUCACAUUUCCUUCACUCCAGAGAUGAUAUAUUCUUAAAGCUAGUCUCUCCUCUGCUGACAAAAGGGCAAAUUUAAUUUACUUUGAGCAUCAAGACCCAUUCCUCUGUAGGAAUGCUAUGCUCCAGAUGCUUUGUUCCCUCUUCAGAAUAUACAUGGAAAAAAAAAUGAUCACUCCAGUUUUUCCCAUGUGGUACUUAGAACACAUUCACAAAUUUGAUUUUAUUUUUUAAUAAGGUGGGGACAGAAGCACUCCCUUUUGAGUGUCUCCCCAAUUCUUCACUGUGAGUGGGAGAUGUGCAGUCGCCUUUUCCCUUUCUGUCUUCAGACGGUAGGAGACUCACUCGCUGCCCUUCUGCUUAGUUGGCUUUGCACCUGUGGCACAGCCGUUGGCGGGGCCACCCAGUUGGCAAGCACACUCCCUGGCCACAUAGUGCCAGUGCUUCCUUGUGUGUAACAGUUUAGAGAGAAAGGGAGUUUUCUUAGAUGUUAUUGCUUUUGCACAGAAUUUGCAAAAGAGUAUAUAUAUGUGUAUGUGUGUGUAUAUAUAUAUGCAUAUAUAUAUACACACACACAUGUAUAAUUAUUAAUCACUUCUGUCCUUGGGAAAGUCUUGAAUGAACAGAAAAUUUAUUUCAUUGCAAUGUUGAUUGUAUAGAGGCAUACUGUACAACAGAAGAAGCAAAAAGGCUGUGUAUAAGUUUUUGGUACUAUGUACCAUCUCUGUUAUUCUGAAGUAUUCAUGUACUUAAACCAUAUUCUAUUUAAUUGUGUUUGAUUUUAAAUAUAUAUAUAUAUAUAUAUGAAUUAUAUUUAAAAUGGUGUCAACUUCCUGCUUUCAGGGCAUUUAUGGCUCUCCUAUUGAAGUAUAUUGACCCUUCCUAAUAUUUCCACUUGUUUUACAAAACUCUAGAACAUGAUCCCCUACUGGACAUAGCUUUGUGUUUGGGUGUAGACAUAGACAUGAGGUUUUAAAUAGUGUUUGUGCUGUUGUGGCUUAUUCUGUUCUUUUAACAAAGUAUUUCUAUCCAUUUCACAUUGCUUCAAACUUUAAGUGAAAAGCAACAUGAAGGUCAUAGAGUAAAGUGUGAUUCUGAGUGUCUCUUGCCUUUGCAUGUUUUAAAGUAAAAAAUUCUGUAAUGCUCUUGGCUAUUUAAACUAGUGGGUUAAAAUACUUUCUAGUGAUUUCUUUGUACAUUUUGUGCUUCUGAGGUCAAGAUGUCAGUAUUUGUAAGCUAUGUCUAAGGGGAAAGAGCAAACCUGAGAUUGGUUUUGUUUUCUGCUCUGCCUGCUGUGAGAUACAGCAGAGAGAUCCAAAGUGAUAAGACCAAUUGUAUGUUAGAUCCUUGCACUUGUUUAAAAUUAGCACAAGAUUCACCUAACAUUGAGCACCCACCCACUGUGUUCCAGGCUCUAUGCAAUGUAUCCACAAAAUGAUUCCCUGACAGGGUUUUUAAGUCUAAGGAAGCAGUUGAACUUCAUUCUUAUUAUUCCAUUGUUGUCAGCCUGCAUUGUUAAGUCAGCCUACUAGUGAGAAAGUGGCAUCAUUGGAAUUUGACUUGUCUUCAUCAUUCCUACAUGAAAAGCAGGUGUCAACUACAUUCAGUGAAGUGCAGUGAAACAGGAAACAGUCUUUUCCAGUUGGAUUCCAGUAUCUCUUAAGGCUUUUUUGAAAUGUAAAUUGUUUACACUACUAGAGCUUUUGUUUUCAGCUGUUUGAGAGGAGGUUUCACUGUGUAGUUCAGUGUCAGCCUCCCAAAGUCAGGGAUUAGAGACACAGCCUCCAUACCCGGCUUCUUUGCUGGUUUGUUUCAGCAUCAACAACUAAGCAGCUGAUGUAGCAACUGAUGUCUCUAAAGGCACUGUUGAGACUCUGCCUGACUCAGCACCCUCAGUGGCCUUUCUUUUUUCACCCUCUUCACUCUUCUCUAGCAGGCUAGUUCUUUAAGCCAGGGAUGAACUAAUUGAAAUGACCAAUGAUAAUUCUGUAUCAAGCUUUUGCAUGAAGGAGAAAAAUCAGUCACCACCUGGAAAGAGGAGAUGACCUGGGUACUUGCCCUGGCAGGAGUUGGCAGUGGGGAACAAUCUUGAGAGAUAGGAGGCUUUGGUAAGCCUGAGGACGUCCCUGGUCACCUCAUCCAGUUAUGUAUCCUUGCCUUGGUUUUCAUUCAUCCUUAGGGUAUGCUUAGAAUGCACCUGUAUUUUUUUUUUUAAACAUGAAUCUGAAGUGACUUGUUGGUACAUGCAACAGAAAAGACCUUGAUUAAAGUACUAUCACAGUGCUCUAAAACAUAACGACUAUGUGUUCAACACAUUGCUAAUUACUGUGACAUUUUGGAGCAGAAUUUUUCUGUAGCAAGCCUGCCUUGGUCAUCUUGUGUAUAGUGUUGAAAUGGAAUCCUGACUUCCUGGAACUAAAACACUCAGUUCUUUUACUGAGAAGUUACUUAUGCCUUAGAAAGGCCCCUGCUGUAUUGCAGGAUGGUUACCAUCAGAACUCAUACAUCCUAGGCUAGGGCCUCUUCAUGUUUCCCCAUACUCUACCUAAUAAGCUUGAUCCUCAAUUUUAUCUGUCUGCCAACCAAGAAACAAGACAUUUCAACUACGGGGUAGGUGGUGACUCAUGAGACCUGUAGGCGUUGAACACAUCUACAUACUAGCCCACACCUCUACACCUUAUAGCCAUAAAGUAGCAAGUAAACAACUUGUUAACUCAUCGAUGCUACAACUUGAGGGAGUCACAUUAAUAGUUGUUCUACUCUCUGAGUCCUUUCCAGGUAGGUACUGAGGAACUGCCUCUUUGCUUGGGCGGGGCUGAGAGUGGUUCAGAGUAGGAGGAAUGGUACUGUGGGCUCUGGACAGGUGGGAAGGCCAAAAAGAGUGUUUAAGGUAUUGGUUCCAGCAAAGACGCCAAGGGUAUCUAUUCAGGGAGGGCCUGCCAGAAUACACCAGAAGGUCAGUAUUCUUGUUUGGUGAUUUGUGCAUAUAUCCUUGGUUCAUUGCAAAGUAAAGUGCUGCUUUGACACAGUAAGGAUGCUGUAGAACUUGCUGUAGAACUUGAACCAGAUACAUUUAACCCCUUGCUAGAGUUAGCACAUCAACACCAGAGGAACCUAGGGCUAAUGUAGGAAGGUACAAAGAUCUUGGAGUGGGUUAAAGAGCUAUUCUCCAAGGAAGAAUGAGAGGUGAGGAUUCCAACAUGACUUCUUCUGGUUUCAGGUUCCAAGACCACUCUUUGAAUGUGCCUUCAGGCUGGUCUCUAAAUGAUCCAAAACUGACCUCUGCCUGUAUUAUAGUAAGAAUCCCACAUACACAGUCAUAAAAGAGGUACUAGCUACCAGGUACGCUGGCACCUAUAAUUCCAGAACACAGAGUGUUGAGGCAGGAGGAUCAUAAAUUUAAGGCCAGUUUAGAUAAGACCCAGUCUCAAAACUGAAAACAGGUACUGGAAAGAUUGCUUAGCAAUGAGAGUGUAUACUGCUUUUGUCAUGUAUACUGCUUGCUCGAAUCAGGCCUCCUUGUGCACCUAUAUUUACAUUGCAAAUACAGGGGUGUGUGUGUGUGUGUGUGUAAAAUUGUUUAAAAUGAAAAUAGUUUGUAGCUGAAAGAAACACUUGACCAAGACUUGGCCUUUCAAACUGGCCAAGUCUCUUAAGUGGUAGCCACCAAAACUCAGCAUACCCAGCUUUUUCUUUUUCUUGUUUUGGCAAAGAGCAACCUUUGUUCCUUCUGCUUAACUGCUGGUUUGGUGAGUGUUUACUAUUUAUGGUAUCUGUGGUAGAUGAGAAAAUAAGAUGAGCUUGUAGAACCCUUGGAGUUGCAUCUAAAACAUGCUGGGCUAGGGUGUUUUUCAGUGGUAGAAUGUAUGCUUAGUAUACAUGGGGCUCUAGGUUUCACCCAAGCACCAGUAAAUAAAAUAUGUACUAGUUU